AUGUCUAAUGCUACAGCUGGCCUGAAAGCAAGUAGGGAACGGUGCUACCAGUCACGAGACGAGUAUUUUCAGUGUUGGGACAAGUAUAAUAACGCAGAAGAUUCAAAGUGUAAAAAACUGAGGGAGAUCUUCGUUAAGAACUGUCCGACUUCUUGGAAUAGUGGGCUCGACAGGGUUUCCCAUUUCAUUCGCAAACACAAAUACGAAAAGUAUAAGCAGAAGUUAAUUGAUGAAGGGAUUUUAGUCACAGAUAUUGAUAAUUUAACUGUGAGCAGAAAUCGCAUGUGUCUCUCACCAUAUAGAGUCUUGCUAAGACCGGUUUCGUCCUGUAGUAUUCACUCUUCAUCAAAUCAAAGUCCUUCAAAGGGUUUGCAGUUUCCUAAAACAAAUAUUGAUAAGUUGGCUCAGUGUGGUUGUGUGAAUGAUGUACUUGUCGACGUAAGUGUUGAAGAAUUAUGUGAACGUAUGAAAGUAUUCGGCGUAAUAAAAUAUUUGGGUACACUGCGAACUCUGAAAGAUGUUCGUUAUCUAAAGACAUGUCGUUUACUACUGAAACACUUAUGCACUGCCUCGCGGUCGUUACCACCAUAUUUAGUGCUUGAAAUGGCAGAAGUACUCGUUCAUAUUUACAUGGAAGGGAAUGUUGAAGCUUUAGACGAAGAAUUGCGUCACAAGCUUUCAUAUUACACAAACACAGUACCGCCCUUUUUAAGACCGACCAUUCUUUUACUCUUACAAUCGUGCUCCCCAGUAAAUAUUGUACCCGAAUUGCCUUCUAAUAUAAUGUCAAGACCACUUGUCACCUUUGCACUUUUAGGUAAUUAUGCUCGGUAUGGAAAAAUGGAUCUUUUUCAAUCAUUGCUAUCAAUUGAAACACAUUUCGAUUUGCUUCAAAAUGAUCAGUUAUUACGGGUUUUGGCUUCUCACACUAUUUUUUAUCCAGCUAUAUCUUUUGCCUAUUUGAAAUAUUUGUCGCAACGUAAGAUCAUUCUGUCAAUUGACAGUAUGUGGCAUUUCAACUCCAUUGUUCGCUCUUCGAAUUGUUGGGAUGUUAGCAACACCAGAAUAUUGGCAGAUAGAAACUGCUCUAUUUGUCAAAAAAAAUUUGACGAGAAUCCGGAUUUUUCAGAAGCAGAGUUCAAACUUCUUAAGAAUGAAAUAAUGCAAGUUCUUUAUUACUUUUUGGAUUUGAGAUAGGU